UCUAUCUUAUAACAUUGUAGAUCAAAUCGACAGUGUUCAUAACACGAGAACUACCUACAGUCUGCUGGUGCAUUUGCGUUGCAGCAAACGCUUGCGCGUUGCGAUUGUAAAUAAAGCUCCGCGUCGGAGUUCACCGAGUUCACGACGGCGCUUGUAAUGUUGCAGUGAGUUAUUCCGCCCGAGAUGUGGAAUCGCUCGGAGUGCUCGAGAUAAGAUUGGACCGAUGUUUUUUUUACGUCUAGUCACACGACGCGCGACGUAUUUCGAUUGCAGAGUCAUGAUGAUGUACGCGACAAAUUAGGAGUGAAGCCUCCGGUCGAUUGAAACAAACGUUUGAGAAACGUGCACGAUAUUGCGACGUAAUAUGCAUUAACAUCGUUUAAAAAAACCAGUCAUCGCGAUUAACCUCGCGCUGCACCUGGUGGAAAGUCUCAUGCCGCGAGGUUGAAGAACACCCCACCGUCAAUAUGGUAUCUUCGUGGUGUUACUUCAUACUUCCGAUGAUCUUGCUCAUCGGCUUGCUCCGCAAAUGCCGAGAGCGUACCUGGGGAAGAUGUAAGAGCACCAGCAGCCUAAAAGAUCGGGUGUUUCUCGUGACCGGCGCCAACUCUGGUAUCGGCAAGGAAACGGCGAAGGAACUGGUCAAGCGGAGAGCCACGGUUAUCAUGGCCUGCAGGGAUGUACAGAGCGCAAAGAAUGCCAUAACGGAGAUACGCAACAAAAUAUCCACUGGCGAAUUGAUUCCCAUGGAGCUGGAUCUCGCGUCUUUAUCGUCGAUUAGAGAAUUCGCCAAUGAAGUGCUAAAGAAAUUUUCUCAAAUUCACGUGCUGAUCAAUAAUGCCGGAGUGUACGCACCCCUCAAGGAUCAUGCAUUGACAAAAGACGGGUUUGAGAUUCAUUUCGGGGUAAAUCACCUGGGCCACUUUCUGCUUACCAAUUUACUUGUGGAUCGUCUGAAGGAGAACGCUCCCAGCAGAAUAGUGGUAGUGACAUCCAAGCUUCUGGAAUCUGGAGUAAUAGAUUUCUCAAAUUUGAAUGGCGAGAAAGGAUUGCCAGUGAAGAGCAGGAUGAAUCCCGGCUAUUGCAACUCAAAACUUGCAAAUGCAUACUUUGCCGCCGAACUUGCGAAACGAACGGAAAAUACUGGCGUUAAUGUUUACAUGGUGUGUCCCGGAUUUACCUAUACUGGUCUAUUCAGAAAUGUGAAAAGAAGCUGGUUUCAUUAUAUCAUCUUUUCACCCGUUGCUCUUAUGUUUCUACGUACUGCAAAUCAGGGUGCACAAACGGUAUUGCAUUGCGCGACAGAAUCGUCAUUGUCUGAGGAAAGCGGACACUUGUAUCGCGAUUGCAAGCUUUACAUCUCAAAAAAAGAUUUGGAUCCAGAGGUAGCGCUCCGUCUGUGGGAAGUAAGUGCGAAAUUGACAGGAAUAAAGGAGAUUGUAAAAUAAAUGAUUUCAGAAUACACGCGCAUGUACAUGUAUACGUACAAUCGAAAGCAAAAAUGUUGCUCUGUUCUGAUGUAGUGAGAAAUUGCGCUUGUAUCGAGAUUGUCCUUCUUCAGCUGAUUAGGCAUUUACUGAAGAAGUGAAUUUUUUAAAGGAAAAAGCUCGAUAUAAACGCAGUUCUACUUACGUGUAAAUUAGAGGGCACUCUUUUACUCUUCAUCGUGCCAUUGCAAUUUCACUUUCGUCGUAUUCCAAGUGAUUAUAUUCGAUAUUUAUUUUUAUAUAUACAUAUA